AUGUCUUUUAGCGCAAUGAACGCCAAACUGUCCUCAAAAUAUAACAGGCUUAAAUCUGCCGGUCUCAUCGAAAAAGCCGAACAUCUGAUACUUCAGCUUGACAGUAUCAUCCAGUGUAAUGCAUGUGAAACACAGAGUGAGCACAUAGGUGGUUGUCCAAAGCAGUUGCCCAUGAAAACAAAGCUAGAUCUUUACGACGAUGAAAUCAAAAUGUUAUGUACGGACGACGACAUCGCAGAAAUAAUAAGUACAGCACGGUUUCUGUACUCAUACGACAAGGAUCUUCCAGUAGAUGAUGCCAGGAUUGUGCGACUUUCGAGGCGACAACGACCAUAUACCAACUUGAGGCGGUCACAGCGUCCUACUAGUCCAUGCCGGAGACAAGUGUCAGAGACGCCUGGCCAACUAACAUCGACAAUGGAUGGGUUUUUUUCAUGGCUUCACAACGGAUACAAAAUGUUGGUUGAUAGUGAAAUAAAUGAAACGUGCAAGGUUGUCGUACGACAAACAAUAAGCAAACUUCAAAAGGUUAGAACAUUACAUUCAACACUCGCUACGAUGGUCAAAGCUGAAGAGAAAAUGAAAACGAAGGAACGUGAAUGGAUUCAACGCGAGAAAAUACUUCUUGAUGUUAUGGAAAGAUCAAUAAAAGAAGCUGAGGAUGAAGCGUGCAACAACAUCAAAACAUGCAGCAUCUGCAUUCAAGUUGAAAAGGAUACCGUGCUUAUUCCUUGCUCUCACACCUUUUGUCAUACAUGUGUGGAAAAGAUGAUCAAAAUCAAUGGACUUUGUUCCUACUGCCGGGGAAAAAUCAAUGGCAGUCACGCCAUGCAUUUAACAUAUUGA